UUCACUUUUUUAUAAUCAGAUUAGAAAAGUUUUCAGUCCGAAAUUUAAGUGCUGUUAUUUUAGAAAUUUAGAACCUUUAUCUACUUUUUUUUGUUACCCUGCUGUGAAGCGUCUAAAACAGCUAUGACUUUACAGUUUGGAGUAACGUUUUGGAGUAUUUCUAUUCUAUUAUGAAGCAUUUAUGAAUAAAUCGAUUUAAACUUUAUAAAAAUCAAUUAAUGAAUAAAUUAUAACAUAUUUUAUCGCCAGUACUCUUCUAAAUGACAUGGAAAUUUUAUUUUAUAUUUUUAGUAAAUCAAUCAAAGCCAAUCACUUAUAUUGUUCAUAAUAUAAACAAUAUACGAUAAAGAAUUUAUUGAUAAAAAAAAAUAAAAGAAAUAAACAAGCAUAGUAAAUUUAGCUGCAAUAAAUAAAAAAUAAUUUUUCAAAGUUGUUAGGUUAGGGUCAACGGUAAUAAUUGCUUGAUGUGUGUAGUACUAAUCCGGACAGUGUGAUGGCGUCGUAAAGAAAUUGUCGCGUUCAUAUACAAUAUACACAUACAAAACCCAUGCGUUACGGUCUAUGCACUUAUGCAGCAUUUGCUGUUUCACUCCUUUCUUUUAUUGUAUAGUUGCGUUGAAUAAGUUUUUGAUAAAAUAUACAUUAAAAGUGGCUAUGUUGCGUUUAAAGAUCUCCUUGUAACAGUAAGAAUUUUUUAAAUUAAAACUGAUGAUUCAAUAUAUUGGAAUAACUCAACUGUUAGUCACAAUGAUGGUUCGAGAGGAAAGAAAACAGAUCGUGAAAGCGCAGUCUAAAUGAAUUGAAAAUAUUCUUGGAAACAUGGAUAAUAAGACUGAAGAUACAGUUUCUAUUGACAAUGCUCCUGAUGGAAGCAGUGUUGAUAAAGAAAUAUUAAAUAUUAGUAAUUCUAAUAACACAAAUCACCGUGUGCCUCCAUCUUAUAUGUACAAUGAAGAUUCAGAACAAGAUAGAGAAAAUUUAGAUGAUGAUAAUGAACAUAAUCAUUGUCGUAAUCCAGUGUCCGAUGAUCAAUUAGGACCUUUACCACCUAACUGGGAAAAAGCAUACACAGAAACUGGUGAAGUUUAUUUUAUAGAUCACAAUACUGGAACAUCUCAUUGGUUAGAUCCACGAUUAUCAAAAUUUCAAAAACGUUCCUUAGAAGAGUGCCUUGAUGACGAGUUGCCUUAUGGAUGGGAGAAAAUCGAUGAUCAACUUUAUGGAACUUAUUUUAUAGAUCAUGUUAAUCGUCGAACGCAGUAUGAAAAUCCAGUGUUACAAGCUAAACGUGCUCAGCAAAGUUUGGCAGAAAGAAAAAGCCCAAACUUCACUAGGAAUCCAAAUAAAUUAAAAGGGCAAAGAAUUCAAACAACUUUAAUAAAAAGUUCAAGAGGUCUCGGUUUUACAAUAGUUGGUGGUGAUGAUACCGUUGAAGAGUUUUUACAGAUUAAAAGUGUUGCGCCCAACGGUCCUGCUUGGCUUGAUGGGAAAUUACAAACUGGUGAUGUGCUAGUUUAUGUAAACGAUACAUGUGUGCUUGGUUUUACACACAACGAAAUGGUCAACGUUUUUAAAUCAAUCGCCAGUGGAGAAACGGUAACUUUAGAAGUCUGUCGUGGGUAUCCAUUGCCAUUCGAUCCGAAUGACCCCAACACCGAAGUAGUAACAACAAUUGCUGUAAAUGCGCCAGACAUGAUGCCAGAAGAUCCAAGUCUCUAUAUGGAUUUAGAUCCUAGUCUCCAAAAUGGAAAUAGAUUUGGAUUUUUAGAUUCUUCAUUCUUACCAAUGCAUUCUCUUCAAAAUGGCGAAAAUCUUACAACUACAUCCGUGAAUUCGAUGCCAGAUUUGUGCAUAUCCGAUAAAAUCAAUACAAUUAAAAGACCAAAUAGCACAGACAUUCUGUUAUCUGAUACUGGUGACUUUAGUGAACGAAAAGAAUCCCCUACUCCAAUCAAAUCAGAAUUCUUUAGUAUCCCUAUAGUGAAAGGGGCGAUGGGAUUUGGAUUUACAAUCGCUGAUUCUUCUCAUGGGCAAAAAGUCAAAAAAAUAUUAGAUAGACAUCGUUGCAAAAAUUUGCUAGAAGGGGAUAUAUUGGUUAGUAUAAAUGAUAUUAAUGUAAGAAAUAUGUGUCAUACUGAGGUUGUACAAGUAUUAAAAGAUUGUGCACGUAAUCAAGAAGCUUUGAUCCAAGUGCAACGAACGACAGCAAAAGUGAAUGAUAAGAAAGAAAAGACUUCGCAAGAUUUUUUCAGAAGUAAAACGCCAACUGCUGAUAUUUAUAGCACACAAGCGAAGACAGUAGUACCGAGUCGACCUAAAACUCCACUAAUAGACACUAGAAAUCGCACUAAAUCUCCAAUGGAAGUAAAUAGACCUGAGUGGCGAACAGGGCUGCCCACAAAUGACUUGAAUGCUUUAGAUAAUCGAUGCAAAUAUCCGGAUUAUAAUCAAGAUUUGUAUUAUCCUGACACAUAUAAAAGAAAUAUUAGUGUUUUGGCUGAUAAUUUUGAACGUAUGGCUAACAUAGAUGAUGAUCCAAUGAGACAUGCAGUGAAACGUGAUUGGCGUAUUAAUGAAAAAAUGAAUUUAGGUAAUGAUAUUUACCCAAUGGAACCAUCACGUCAUGAUAUUUUAAUGAAACAAAACGGCAACUUACAUGCAGAUUAUUAUAAAGAUAUUUAUGGUACACGUAUGCAUCCGCAAUAUGGCAUACAAGACUACACCAGUUAUAAUAUUGGUCAAGAACAGAAUGUGGACACUGGUGAAAUUUGGGAUAAACGAAAGGAAACAACAAGCUUUGAACACGAGCAACCACACUCUAGCUCAGUCAACCGAUAUCCUCAGUAUCCUAACGAAAUGGUCUGUCCCACUACACCGGGUGUUGAAUGGAUUGAAACGUUGGUAACUUUAGUAAGACAGGACACUGGAUUUGGAUUUAGAAUAGUUGGAGGGACUGAAGAAAAUUCUCAAGUUUCUGUAGGACACAUUGUACCAGGUGGAGUAGCUGAUUUAGAUAAUCGGCUUAACACCGGAGAUUUAAUUAUGUCUGUAGAUGGAGAAAGUGUUAUGAAUUCUUCUCAUCAUCAUGUAGUGCAGCUUAUGAUUGCUGCUGCACAGAAUGGAAGAGUUACUCUUGGUAUUCGAAGAAGAAUUAAUAUUCAAGACCAUCUUCAACCACCCUAUGGAAAACCUAUGAAUCUUCAGUAUCCUUAUGAUGUGACCGUAACGAGAAUGGAAAGUGAAGGAUUUGGAUUUGUAAUCAUUUCGUCUGUGAAUAAAGCAGGUUCAACAAUUGGUAGGAUUAUUGAAGGUUCACCUGCUGAAAGAUGUGGACGUUUGGAAGUUGGAGAUCAUAUUCUAGCUGUGAAUCAUGUUGAUAUUACUAAUCUUUGUCAUAAAGACAUUGUCAAUUUAAUUAAAGACUCGGGCUAUUCAGUUACUUUGACAAUAGGUUAUCCUAUUGAUGAUUGCUGUAGUACUACAUCAAUGUCACAAAAGGAUGAGCCUACUAGUGACGGAGAUGGUGGACAAUAUCAUGCCGUGGAAUUGACUCGAGGAACUCGUGGAUUUGGAUUUAGUAUUCGUGGAGGUCGUGAAUUCCAAAAUAUGCCAUUAUUUGUAUUACAAAUAGCUGAUAAUGGUCCUGCAGCCAUUGAUAAUCGAUUAAGAGUUGGAGACCAAAUAAUUGAAAUAAAUGGAAUUAAUACAAAAAAUAUGACUCAUGCAGAGGCCAUUGAAAUAAUUCGCAAUGGUGGACCAUCUGUAAGACUCCUAGUACGUCGUGGUUGUCAAAUGCCAAGUGCGACUAAUAUUACAUUCGACGAAAUAAACGUUCGGGAAAAUGAUGACGACACCGAACAAUCGCAUUUACAAAAUUUAGAGACAAAUAAUGUGAAAUGUGUAAAAAAGCGAAAAUUCUUCAUUCCACUAUGCUGUUGUUCCUCGAAGAAACAGUAAAUAAUCAUUAAGUAUUAUAUCAUCAAUUUUUUUAUUACAUAGAUAGAGGUAACUUUUUUAAAAAUGACCAGAGUGCCUUUUGUAUUGAACUUAUUAAAUUGCGCUUAUAAAUUAUAAAUGUUUAUUAACAUAAAUUGAAAUCAGUUAACAAAUAUGAAAUCAAUAUAAAUAGUAAUAUUGAUGUAUCUAUAACAGUGAAGUCAUGUACUAUACAGAGGACAGAAAAAGUUUUAAAACAUGGAAAAUGACAUUCUUAAGUGAACAGGGUAAAUAGAAAAAAAUCAAUAUGUAAAAAUAAAUUUAUAAAUAUAAUUAUGAAUCUCUAGAAAAUUGUAUAAUUGAUCGAAGACUCAAUAAUUGGCAAUUAUUUUUUCUUUAUUAAUCAUUUGCUAUGUAUAGUAUCCUUGAAUAAUUGUCAAGCUCAUAUGUAACCAAAGAAAAGAUUGACGUUUUCUGUUUUAAUAAUCUCAAAAACUUAUAUUUGUUGUUCUCGAUCAACGCUAUAAAAAAUCAAUUUCAAUAUAAUAAAUAAGAACACGUACAUAAUAAAUAAUCACGCAUCCUUAUACAGUGUGAAUAUGCUUAGAUAUCUAUUUUUUUAUUUUUAGAUUACGUAUACUCUUCUUCGUAUCAAUGAAAAGAGUUAUUUUAUUAAUAUUAAGAAAUUAACUUAGUGAAUUUACAUAUUUGAUCUUAAUAUUAUCAAGGAAUUGAAUUAAUUAAAAUUGAUGUUCUCUUAAGCGUUUUUAAAUAUUUUGUACACUAAAUAUUGUAUUGCAAAAACUAGCAUUUAUUUUUGCAAAUUAUAGAGGAAAAACGAUCUUCAUUAUUUUUAUAUGCUUAUAUAUUUAUAAAUAUAUUAAUAGAAUGCAUUUUGGCCAAAACUGUGCCUUCUUGUAUAAUAAAUUGAAAUAAUGAGAUAAAAAGCAUUGAGAAUCAUAACAUUGAAUUAUUACGUAAUGGAUGCUCAUGUUUUGUAACUUUGUUUUAUAAUAGAUUAGAUAAAAAAUGCUGAAUUUUAAUUAUACCUAUUAGCAUCAGCUGGAAGCAAUAUUCUAAUUAAAAUAUGGAAAGUAAGAGUAAAUGCAACUGUAUUUUUGUGCACUUUGCCACGUCUUCCAUUCAUAUCUGAUUUUAUGACUGAAUAAUAAAUAACAAUAACAUAUUUUUACUUU